CAGUCCAAAACAUUUUGGUUUCGUUUUACUUUUAGGGCUUAGCCAACAUGGCAAAACCGCAAGAAACUGCGAAUUUGCCUUCUCUCUAUGCUGAAUUAAACCGUCUAGGGCAAAGGCAAGAAUACGAGAAAGCUAUUAAGGUUUCCAACAAGAUCCUUCACCAUCACAGAGAUGAGAUUUUGGCACUCCACUGUAAAAUUGUCAGUUUGACGUUUCUGAACCGGUUCGAUGAAGUCCUCAGUCUGCUCAACAGAGAAAAGGAGUUUGCAAAAAGUCUAAAGUUUGAGAAGGCUUACAGUGAGUACCGCUUGAACAAAACCAACGAAGCUCUUAAAACCUUGAGGUCUAUUGAUAAUCCAGACCAGCGGUCAAAAGAAUUGCUAGCUCAGGUGCUUUAUAGGUUAGAAGAUUACAGGGAGUGUUAUGAUUUAUAUAAGGAUAUCAUCAAAAAUUCACAGGAUGACUUUGACUCUGAAAGGGAGACAAAUCUUGCAGCUGUGGUGGCAUCAAUACAGAUGUGGGACGGGGAAGACAUGAAGGACCCGGGACUGGGAGACACUACCUAUGAGCUGUGUUAUAACAAUGCCUGUUACUACAUUGGCAAGAAGGAUUACAGGACUGCAGAAGACAAAUUGAGAAAAGCUGAACUUUCUUUGAGGGAAGACACAGACCUCACUGUAGAAGAACUUGAAGAAGAGCUUGCUAUCAUUAGGACUCAGCUUGGGUUUGUUCUCCAGCAGUUAAAAAGAAAUGAAGAGGCAUCGAAACUGUACAACCAGGUUCUCAAAAACAAACCUUCUGAUAUAGGCACUGUAGCUGUGGCAUCCAACAAUAUUGUAACACUGAACAAGGAUCAGAACAUGUUCGACUCCAAACGCAAAAUGAAAGUAGCAAGGGGAGAUAAUCUGAAGCACAAGUUAACCAAAAUUCAAAAAGAGCAUGUCAGCAUCAACCAGUGCCUUCUACACAUGUAUUCCAAUCAGAGUGACCAGUGUUUAGCUUUAGCCAAGAUUCUAGCCCAGCAGCGGCCCGACAUUGACACACCCAUCCUCAUAGAAGCAGCACAAUACGCACGCGACAAAAACAUCACAAAGAGUGUGGAAAUUUUACAGAACUACGUGAAAGCUCAUCCGAGCUCAGCGUUUGCCAUUCAGCUGGUGAUUUGUCAGGUGUACCUCAGUCACGGCAGUGUGUACCAGGCGUGCAGCGCACUCAAGAGUUUAGGGGAACUCAGCUAUAAACCGGGAAUAGUUUCUGCUUUAGUUACACUGUAUCUAAGUCAAGAAGAUAGGGAAGCAGCUUCUGAGACAUUAGUUAGUGCUGUUGAAUGGUACAAGAAAAAUAAGCCUAAGUCAAGUGAUCUACUAAUACUGACUCGAGCCAAUGCAAAUUUCCAAAUAAAGAAUGGUAACCUGGAACUAGCAGCAAAGAUGUUGGAAGAUAUCAGAAAAUCAAACCCCUACGACCCUCAGGUGCUUGCGCAACUUAUAUCGGCCUAUUCACAGUUUAACCAGGCCAAAGCUCAACAAAUCAGCAAGGAUCUUCCACCAGUGGCAGAGAUUGCUAAAGGAAUCGACGUUGAUGCCCUGGAGUCGUCGUUCAGCACACUUGGUCCCAAGUACAUGAAGAAAACACAGAAAACAGAAGCAUCCCCAUCUGUAGAUACCCUGAUAAUUAAGAAGAAGAAAAAGAAGAAGAAGAAAGGAAAGCUUCCAAAGAACCUGGAGACUGAUGGUGUUAUAGAUCCCGAGAGGUGGCUACCCCGCCGUGAGAGGUCAUACUUCCGUGGAAAGCGAAAGGACAAACGCAAGGAUAUUGGUAAAGGAACACAGGGUUCGACGCCAGUGGCCGGAGAAGGCGAUGCCAGCAAGUCCCCGUCUGGGAGUAAUGCGAGUUCCCCGUGUCCUGGGUCCGCCGGUGCUAACACACAAGGAGCUGCAACGACCCCUCGUCCGGGUCCUCGACAACAGAGGCCUGCACAGGCCAACAAGAAGAAGAAGAAGAAGGGAGGGAAGUGGUAGACUGUUUUCACCGAACCGUUCACCUGGGAUGAGGCAUAGUGUUAUAUAUAAAAUAGUCAAUACGAAAAGUAUGUCUGUAUGCCAUCAUGUAAUGCAAGACAGUGUAAACGACUUUUAUCUUACAAAAUUAGUGACGAUGAUAAUUGCAGACAUUGCAUAGUGUGAAGAAAUUCGAUAAUACAAUCUAAACUGUAUAUGGUAGACUCAUUCAGUUUUAUAAGUUACAAUAAUAAACUAUAAAACAAAUUUUUUAAUUGUAAUGUAAAAGCAUUGCAUUUUCAGCCACAUUACAUUUUGUUUUUGUUUUAGCAUUUGUUGUCAGCUUGGUUUUAUUAAAUGUUCAAACUGAAAUAAUCUGGUAGUUAUGUUUACUUCACAAAUGUCGCUAAUGCAACUAACAAUAUUUCAGUCAUGAAAUAUGUCCAUUGAAAUAUUUGUGCAAUAUAAUACGACUUUAGUAAAAUAACUACAUUUAUGUCAACAUGAUACCAUGAGCCUCAAUAGUAACAAUAAACCAUAAACAUGU